CAACCUCGAUCACCACCGCCUCGUUUGCAGCUUAGUCAAUCGCCGCUCGUUUCGUUCGUCGCAUUGCAGCUUCAGUUCAAUAGCGCCGCUAUAUCGUCGUUGCGUUUGUGCAUUCUUUUGCAUACUGAAUCACCUGCUUCUCCCGCCUCGGGCUUACCCACAUACCUCGAUAAUCCUCAAGGGAUAUUCCGCAACAUUCAUCCUGACUCGGUGCUUCCCCAUAUCGGUAGCGGUGACAAUAACUUCAAACUGAUUCGACUUUUUUCGCAACCUUGGCCCACUCUCAGUGCAGCCUUGUUAUAGGGGGCCGUAGGCACCAUCAACUCGCACCUUAAUUCAUAGUCACAACAACAUGGCGUCUAGCUACUGGGAAUCGACACAGAAGAAGUUCUGGACCUUUACAAAGCCGCAGCUAGCUCUUGAGCGGAAACGGCUGGAGGACUCGGAACGAAAUGUGGUCAAUAUGUACCCCGUGCCGGACAGACGGCAUCUGAGCAUAUAUUUCUAUCAUCAACUAUCAAAAAUGGCACGACCGCUGGGGAUCCGUCAACAGGCACUAGCAACCGCACAAGUUUAUGUCCGACGCUUCUACGUAAAAGUAGAGAUCCGUCGGACCAACCCGGCACUCGUCCUGGCCACAGCUCUAUACUUGGCGUGCAAGAUGGAGGAGUGUCCGCAGCACAUCAGGAUGGUGCUAGCAGAAGCUCGCCACUGUUGGGAUACCUCCUUCAACGACAUCUCUAAAAUUGGCGAAUGCGAAUUCACCUUGAUCUCGGAAAUGAACUCUCAACUCAUCAUUCACCACCCGUACCGCAGCCUAGCUGAACUACAAAGCCAAUUCCAACUCACGCAGGAGGAAAACUCACUGGCAUGGUCAAUCAUCAACGACCACUAUCUGACAGACCUUCCGCUUCUACAUGCUCCUCACGUAAUCGCCAUUACUGCAAUGUUCCUGGCGGUUGUCCUCAAGCCUACCCAAGGAGGACUCCAAGUACACGCUGCAGGCGUUGCGAGUGCACUGCAAGCACUAGGCAACGCUCGCGGCGGCACAGGACAAGGCAUGCAAAACCGAGUCCAGAAGCUGGUCGACUGGCUGGCCGAAAGCACCGUCGACAUCGAGGCUGUCGUGGAGUGCACGCAAGAGCUCAUAUCGCUGUACGAAAUCUGGGAUUCAUACGCGGAGAAAACCUGCAAGGAUCAGAUUGCGAAAUUCGUAAAGGCCAGAGGACUGGACAAGUGA